AAUAGAGUUUGCAGCUGGGCUGAGGCGGGCCCACCGCUUCCACUUCUCCAAUUCCACUUCCACAUUCCCCGGUUCCUUUCCUUCCCCCGAUUACCUUCUCCGACGGCCACUGCCCACCGUCGCUGCAGCAGCAGCUCCUCCCUGCUCUCCGGUGACUUUCCCCACGCCGGAGUCGAGCCCCCGGUGCCAUAAGCCCAAGGUUCGAUUGCGUUUAGUGACGCCUUUGCCUAUAUCAGCCCUGUGGUCAUAACUCUCUAGCAGAGAAAGGAGAAGAUGCAGGCAUCUAGGGCAAGACUUUUCAAGGAGUACAAGGAGGUACAGCGAGAGAAGUCAGCUGACCCUGAUAUCCAAUUAAUAUGUGAUGAUUCUAACAUAUUCAAGUGGACUGCUCUUAUCAAGGGCCCUUCUGAAACACCUUACGAAGGUGGUGUGUUUCAACUUGCGUUUGCAAUUCCAGAGCAGUAUCCUCUGUUGCCUCCUCAAGUUCGAUUUUUGACCAAAAUUUUCCACCCAAAUGUGCAUUUCAAGACAGGUGAGAUUUGUUUGGAUAUAUUGAAGAAUGCAUGGAGCCCUGCAUGGACCCUUCAGUCUGUUUGUAGAGCGAUAAUUGCUCUGAUGGCCCAUCCUGAACCAGACAGCCCACUUAACUGUGAUUCAGGCAAUCUCCUGCGGUCGGGUGAUAUCAGAGGCUAUCAAUCAAUGGCCCGCAUGUAUACAAGGCUGGCGGCCAUGCCAAAGAAAGGUUAGCUGUAGAACAUAUGCCAGGCCAAGAGCAUAUGGCAGUCCAUGCAUCGCUACAUGUUGUCAGGUCUGCCUUGUGCUGUCUAUGAACUUUGUGGUUCUUGUUUCCUAAAUCCUAACCAUUCAUAUGCGUGCGUGCGUGCGUGUGUGUGUGUGUUUUCUUGGGUAGAUGGGACAAAACCUGGAUUCCUGAUGCUUGGUCUGUGAUGUAAUAAUAAGUCCUGGAAUUCAACAGUUGCUACAACUGAUCUAUUGUAGUGCUCUGUAUUUCUGUCGGUUUCUGCUGCAACA